ACCCCCUCGUCUCUCCCACCGUCCUACUCGCUUCCCCAUUUCGCUGCUUUGUUUUCAUUGUCGCUCUUUUUUAUCAUGGCUGCUCAUUCUACUGAAGAACCGUUCCCCUUUCACGGGCUUCUCCCCAAAAAAGAAACUGGCGCCUCAUCUUAUCUUACUAGAUUCCCAGAGUACGAUGGCCGAGGGGUGCUUAUCGCUAUCCUGGACACCGGCGUGGAUCCCGGGGCCCCCGGCAUGCAGGUCACAACUGAGGGGAAGCCAAAGAUCAUUGACAUCAUUGAUACAACAGGCAGCGGGGAUGUGAACAUGACCACGCUGGCAGAACCUAAAGAUGGGACAAUCACCGGCCUCUCUGGUAGAAUACUCAAGAUUCCUCUUACUUGGGUCAAUCCAUCAGGAAAGUACCGCAUUGGAAUUAAAAAUGGCUAUGAAUUUUUCCCUAAGGCCCUCAAAGAAAGAAUACAGAAAGAGCGAAAGGAGAAGAUGUGGGACCCACCACACAGAGCAGCACUUGCUGAAGUUUCACGCAAGACAGAAGAGUUUGACCUCGCUCACCCGACACCAGCGCAGAUGGAGAAGCUGCAGAAGGAAGAGCUGCAGAGUCAGUCAGAACUGCUGGCAUCACUAGAAAAAAAGUACAGUGAUCCGGGGCCUGUGUAUGACUGCGUACUCUGGCAUGACGGCAUCACAUGGAAGGCUGUAGUGGACACUUCAGAGUGUGGAGAGCUGUCCCAGUGCACUGUGCUGAGCUCAUACAGAGAGUCUCAAGAGUAUGCCACGUUAGGAAAUGCUGAGAUGCUGAACUACUCUGUCAAUAUUUAUGAUGACGGGAACACUCUCUGCAUCGUCACCAGUGGAGGGGCUCAUGGGACACACGUUGCUAGCAUUGCAGCAGGUUACUUCCCAGAGGAACCUGAACGCAACGGUGUAGCCCCUGGGGCCCAAAUCCUGGCUCUUAAGAUUGGAGACACACGCCUCAGCACCAUGGAGACUGGCACAGGACUCAUCCGUGCGAUGAUUGAAGUUAUAAACUACAAGUGUGACCUGGUUAAUUAUAGCUAUGGGGAAGCCACUCACUGGCCCAAUUCUGGGAGGAUUUGUGAGGUGAUCACAGAGGCUGUGCAGAAGCACAAUGUGAUGUUUAUUUCAAGUGCAGGAAACAACGGCCCCUGCCUUUCCACAGUUGGCUGUCCUGGGGGAACCACCAGCAGUGUUAUAGGAGUUGGAGCAUAUGUGACUCCAGACAUGAUGGUAGCAGAGUAUUCCCUUAGGGAGAAGCUACCUCCCAACCAGUACACCUGGUCAUCCAGGGGUCCCAGUACAGAUGGGGCGCUGGGGGUCAGCAUCAGUGCCCCUGGAGGUGCCAUUGCAUCUGUACCCAACUGGACUCUACGUGGGACUCAGCUGAUGAAUGGCACAUCCAUGUCAUCGCCUAAUGCCUGUGGAGGCAUCGCACUAAUCCUCUCAGGACUGAAGCAGAAUGGGAUACCUCCUUCUGUUCCUGCUGUGAGGAGAGCAUUGGAAAACACAGCGCUGAAGGUCGAUGACAUUGAGGUGUUUGCACAGGGCCACGGAAUCAUCCAGGUUGACAAGGCGUUAGAUUACCUCACUCAACAUGCCUCCUUACCCACAAGUAAUCUAGGCUUCUCAGUAACUGUAGGAUCACAGAAAGGCAUCUACCUCAGGGACCCAGCCCAAAUUCUGGCACCCUCAGACCAUGGAGUAGGAAUUGAACCCAUCUUCCCAGAGAACAUAGGAAACUCUGAGCGAAUCUCCUUGCAGCUACACUUGGCUCUCACAUGUGCUGCUCCGUGGGUUCAGUGCCCCUCCCACCUGGAACUUAUGAACCAGUGCCGCCACGUCAAUGUUCGGAUCGAUCCCGUGGGACUGAGAGAGGGAGUUCACUACACAGAGGUGUGUGGCUAUGAUACAUCAGCUCCAACCUGUGGUCCUCUGUUCAGAGUUCCAAUCACAGUUAUUAUCCCUGCCAAAGUGGCAGAUAGUCGUAAUCAGGAGGUUUGUUACACAGACGUCCAUUUCAGACCGGGUCAGAUCAGACGCCACUUCAUCACAGUUCCUCAGGGAGCCUCAUGGGCAGAGAUCACUCUGACCUCUCAUUCAGGGGAUGUGUCAUCAAAGUUUGUUCUCCACGCGGUUCACCUGGUCAAACAGAAAGCAUACAGAGCAAACGAGUUCUACAAGUUCUCCUCGCUGUUAGAAAGAGGCUCUUUAACUGAAGCUUUCCCUGUGCUGUCAGGCAAAGUAGUAGAGUUGUGCAUUGCCCGAUGGUGGGCUAGUCUUGGUGAAGUCACAGUGGAUUACAGCAUCUUGUUCCAUGGUCUCAACACGUCCCCUUCACCCCUUCACAUACAUGCGUCAGAGGGAGUAACGAGUUUUGAAGUGUCAUCGCCUCUGAGAUACGAGGAGGUGUCCCCCACUAUCACCCUCAAGUCUUGGGUUCAGCCUCUCAGGCCUGUCAGUUCAAAGAUUAAAGCCCUUGGACUGAGAGAUGUUCUGCCUAAUAACAGGCAACUCUAUGAGAUUGUACUCACCUACAGCUUUCACCAGCCUAAAAGUGGGGAGGUUACCCCAAGCUGUCCCAUGCUCUGUGAGCUCCUGUACGAGUCUGAGUUUGACAGUCAGCUCUGGAUGCUGUUUGAUCAGAACAAGAGGUUACUUGGUUCAGGAGACGCCUACCCACACCAGUAUUCUCUGAAGCUGGAAAAGGGUGACUUCACUGUGCGCCUGCAGGUCCGACAUGAGCAGUCCAGUGAAUUGGAGCGCCUUAAGGACCUUCCCUUUGUGAUUUCACACCGUCUGUCCACCACACUCAGCCUGGAUGUCUACGAGACACACCGUGCUGCUCUCAUGGCCAAGAAAAAGGCAAAUUCUGUCACCUUGUGCCCAGGCGCCUCACAGCCUUUUUAUGUCACAUCUUUGCCAGAUGACAAGAUCCCAAAAGGGACAAGCCCAGGCUGUUACCUUUCAGGGUCACUGGUUGUCCCCAAGAGCGAGUAUGGCAAGAAAGCAGGGCAGGCCUCUGCAAAACGACAAGGAAAAUUUAAAAAGGAUAUUGUGCCAGUGGUCUACCAUUUAAUUUCUGCUCCAAACAAAACAAAGAAUGGAGGUAAGGAGAAGGACAAGGAGGGAGACAAAGAGAAAGAUGUGAAAGACGAGUUUGCAGAAGCAUUGAGAGACUUGAAGAUACAGUGGAUGACAAAGUUGGACUCCAGCUCCAUUUAUGAAGAACUUAGGGAAAACUAUCCAGAUUACCUUCCUCUGCAUGUGCAACGACUGCACCAGCUGGACUCUGAAAAGGAGCGAGUCAAACGUCUCAGAGAGGUGGUGUCAGCGGCAGACAUGGUCAUCUCCCAAAUUGACCAGACAGCCUUAGCUGUUUACCUCACCAUGAAGACAGACCCUCGGCCUGAUGCUGCUUCUAUCAAGACAGACAUGGAGAAACAGAAGUCGUCUCUUCAGGAUGCUCUGUGCAGGAAAGGUUGCGCUCUAGCUGACCAACUCCUUCUGACUCCUGCACCACAAGAUGGGGCCGCUGCUGUGGCCACAGGACAGACAGCAGCAGAGGAGGUCGUGGAACAGGUGGCCAGCAGUUCUGACGACUCACUACAAAAUGUGGCUAAAGCCCUGAUGGACACGUUUUGGGAGGUGCAGAAGUGGGCAGAGCUGACUGACUCCAAGGUGUUGAUGUUUUCAUACAAACACGCUCUUGUGAACAAGAUGUACGGCCGAGCCUUAAAAUACGCCUCUAAGAUGGUGGAGGAGAAGCCAAGUAAAGAGAACAUGAGGAACUGCAUCCAGCUCAUGCGUCACCUCAGAUGGACACACUGCGCCACCUUUAGUGAGAACUGGCUUCCAGUCAUGUACCCUGCAGACUACACACCCUUCUAGGCACACACACACUCUCACACACAUUUGAUUGCAUGAGCAGCGUGGCAAUACAUGGUCCAUUACAUGGUAACUUCAAUAUCAUGUCCCUCAGGGUCACAUGGUCUAUGCAUCUGGAUUUUCACAUUUAGAUGCACCAAAAUGAAGGACAAUGCUGUGUGAGAAUGGGUCGAUACAUCGACUCCUUACAGCUUGAGGAGUCAUGUUUAUCACGUCCUUAAGUGUCUCAAUGAAAUUAAGAUUUAGCGCUCUAAACUCCUGCCAAGGCUUUAUGAUUUCUUUUGUUUCUUAGCUGGGUGUUUUCCUUUGUUUUGGUGUCAUCUACACAUUUUGGAAGCUUUUUUCAUGCAGCCAUCCUCAGCUGUCUGAACUCUAUAUCGUUAGAACAACCUCAUUGUCUUGUGUAAAUACUGUAAAAGGGCCAGUGUGGACUCCAGGGAUACAUCCUGAAAAACUAAAAGAACUGAGAGCCGAUCUGCUAACUUACAAAAUCCUCAGCUCAUAAAUGGCCAUUUGAUUCUGAAGAUGAGAAGACUUGCUGCUGCACAAAUUUUGUCUGCUUGACUCCCGACUUAACAGGGAGUCUUGGAUGGACCUUUAUAUCUUUUUCUUCUUUGUAUUGAUUGUUCCACCCAAGCAUAGUUAGUUAAGAUUUAGUCUUGUUUUGUCUUUUGAGGCUCUGACUCAUGUACACAAAUCAGUGUUGAGGUGCCUUUCUGCAUGUACCUUACCUUACCUGAUGGGAUGAAACACAAUGAGGGUUUUAGCCACAGAAGACUGCAGAAUCAGAAGCAUCAAUCAACCGCUUGCAUUCAUUUCUCCCAUCAGAUUUUCUAGUCAGAUGUGUUUCUCUAGCUCAUAACUGCAGUAUGUGUCUUCUGCGUGCAGGCCAUCAGUGAUUUAGCAGGUAUAUAGAAGUAAACACUUUAUUUGCCUCUACUUACCUGCAGAGGUGUUGGCCACCCACUUCUUACUGCUGUUGUCCAAGCAGCACAUUUGUUAUCCAUCCAGCGGACCUCACAAAUAAAACAGAUGCAGUUGUGGGCAGCGUUAGGAGAUUCAGUCCAGAUUUCAUUGUAAAAUGUUCACACGGUGUUAGAUGUUUCUCUGCAGCAUUUAAAAUGUUGCAGUUGUACACAAUGUCAUAGAAUAUUGUACAUACACACGUAACAUAAAAAUAUUAAGAUGCAAUAGGUAUAUAAUACAAAUAUUAUUCUAAGUGAUGUAUUUUGCAUAUAUGCAUGUCUUCUUCCAGCGUGUAUGGAAAAAAAUCUUGUUUUAUUUCCAAGCAGAUUUUAGUUUGUUUCAAUUUGAAAGAUUUUUAAUCCUAAACACAAUUCUGAUGAUACCCACUGUUUUCAUGAGUGUGUGUUUUAUGAAUGACUUUAAGUGUACUUGUGAGCAUAUUUUUGUGUACAUGGGCUUUUUUCUCCCAACAGAACUGAAAUGGAAGCCAUUUAGAGGAUGGAAGCAUGACUUUGUUUUGUUUUUCUGUAAAGGACUGUGCCAGUUUUUAAUGUUUCUUUGGAUUAACCACAUAUCACUGCUACUUUAAAACACAGCUAGCCAUAUCAUGUUUUUACCAGUCAACCACUGGUUUGCUUUUCCAUGGAAUACAAAAUGUUUAAAUCCCUAGUGAGCAUUGAGUCUGCAGUUGCAAUCCUCUUAUAAAUACAAGAGAUGAGAAUCUCCAUUAAAAACACAUUUAUUUAAAUUUUUUAGGCAUCUGGGUGACAUCUGAGCAAUCAGGAUGAAGCAAUAUUUUUUAUAAUUACAUGAUUAUUUGAGUUAAUAUGCUUAUAUUGCAUCUGCUGACCUCACCUGCUCAAAUGACAGUCACUGUGUCUGUACAGGACAUCAUAUUGUAUUUGAAAUAAUACAUUUUCGUAGAAUUGCCACAUUGAGUUAAGUCAUUUCAGAUCCGAUCAACAUCUUUAUGCUUUAUCCGUGAAAUUAUUAAGACUUACUAAAAAGAAUGCAGACUUUAUGUUCACUGUGAUGACACACGAUUUAUAUGGUACUCCUCAUAUUAAGAAUUUGGCUACUGUAACACUGUUAAACUGAAAAAUUUGUAUUUUUUUUAUACAAACGGAUCAUUAUCAGUGCUGCAGAAUCUGAAAUACUGCUUUUAUAUUACAAAUCAUGUUCAAAUACAUUAAAGUCAAUGCAACUUGUCCUUUGCUAGUAGGGGCUUGGGAUCCCUAAGCUAUCAGCCUCAAGUAAAGAUGCAUAACAGAGGUCUUGCCACCACCUCCAUUUUAAACUCAGUUUCAGCUUUGACUGAUGCUAACUAAAGUACAUUGCUUGAGACAAUGGCUUCAUAUUGCAGCAGUACUCUGUAAGAUAACCUACAUUUCUUGACUUGUAAAAAUUAGUUGAAUACUCCUUUAAGCAGUCAUGCUUUAAGCAGAAGUUAACUGUUCUACAGAAACCCUGCAAAAUGACAAAACCCCACAACAUACAUUUGUGCACGAUCAGCAGGGCUUUUAGAUGUUAUUGAUUUGUUAUAAAGAUAGUUUGACAAAAAAAUUGUACAAUCUUUUGAAAUUCCACCUCGGUGCAAAAAGGACAAUAGUAAAACUGAUCUUUUUGUUUUAAUUUUAACCUUUCUGACAUAUAAAUUCAUUAAACAAUGUCAUUUUUGCCCUGUUUUCUAGUAUCCGUUUAACCAAAGAAAGAUUUUCUCAUGUCAUUGCUGUUAAAUUCAGUCAUCUCAUACGGUAAAGGUGCAUGCUGAAGAAUGUAAAACCCCUCCAGUUACCAGAUUCUAUUUUCUUUAGUGUCAGAAUUCAAUCUUUUCAUCUCAACUCUCUGGUCUUUUGUUACCUCCUGCUGCUUCGUCCAUGUCUCCUCUUUUUUUUCUGUUUCCAACAGAUGUUUAUACAGAUGUUAGGUUCAGGGCUCAGCUGUCUACAGUAUGCGUUGCCAAUGACAGACUCCAAAAAUGGCCUUAACUUUCACCACAGGACUGUACCGUCCAUUUCUGGCACCUCUGUUACUCUCACUCUGCCAGUGUCAGGAAACACUUCAGAAAUGUUUCUUCUGGAUGUUGAGUGUUUAUAUUUAUAGUCAUAAAAUCUAGUAAAUGCCAAUAUUUUACAGAAUGUUAUGAGAUAAGGUUGUAUGCUCUUAGUAUUAUUUUAUAUCCAUUCUUCCUGGAUGGUGUGGGAAAUACCCGAGCUAUGUCUCACUAUUUUGUGGUCACAUUUAAAAAAAGGAAAACAUCACUGAAUAAAAAUGAUUUGGA